AUGGCUGCGGAUGCACAAGAUGUGAAAGUAUACACUGUUAAUGGUGCCCCAACGGGCUCAUCGUCUUCUCUACCCGACUGGCUCACCCGAAAACGAGCUGGAAAAGGCAAACGCGCUAUACGGGAACACUUCGAAGGGACUAUUGAGCUAAUUCAAGGAUUUGAAUUCCCAGAGGCCAGUAAUCGUAUAAAAACCACGCGAGACGGUACCCAUGCCGUCGCUACCGGGACGUACAAGCCUCAAAUGAGGGUAUGGGACUUAAGCCAGCUGUCUCAGAAAUUUGAACGGCAUACAGAUGCUGAAAAUGUUGAUUUUGUUAUGCUGUCCGAUGACUGGACUAAAUCAAUACACCUACAAAACGACCGUACUAUCGAGCUACACACACAGGGGGGCUUCCACUACCGGACACGAAUACCACGGUUUGGACGCUCACUUGCGUACCAUUUCCCUUCGUGUGAUGCGCUCAUCUCCGCCUCUGGUAAUGAAAUAUAUCGUCUCAAUCUGGAUCAGGGUCGAUUUAUGACUCCCUUGGCCUUGCAGGCCGACGAAGAAAUUGCUGGAGUGAACGUUAUCGAUGUCAACCCAGCGCAUCAGCUGUGGGGCUUUGGGAUAGACGGCAGCGGUUCGGUUCAUUUCUGGGAUCCCCGAUCGAGAUCUAGCGUAGGGGUCCUGCGAAUACCGACGAAUAGACUGUCAACAACAGAUGUUGUUAGUGUGACGGCGUUGGCAUCUCGUGAUGACGGGCUCACUUACGCGGUGGGAACGACGACGGGCCAUUCACUGCUAUAUGAUAUUCGGGCAGCGCGGCCAUUUGCCAUGAAGGAUCAGGGAUACGGUCUUCCCGUGAAAAGCCUCGUGUGGAUCGAGGGUGGUAGUCGUAUGGCAGGAGAUGGCAUGGUCCUCAGUGCCGACAAGAAGGUCAUCAAAAUCUGGGAUCGGAAUUCGCCCUCAGCCAACUUCGUUUCUAUCACACCUGCCACUGACCUCAAUCACGUUCACCAUGUUCCUGGAAGUGGGCUUCUAAUGACUGCCAACGAAGGCAUCCAAAUGGGUACUUACUUCAUCCCCCAACUUGGACCCGCACCACGUUGGGCCAGCUUCCUUGAGAAUAUUACCGAGGAAAUGGAAGACCAGACCCUGCGGUCGAUUUACGAGGAUUACAAGUUUGUUGAGAGGAAAGAAUUGUCAACAUUGGGCCUGGAUCACCUGGUUGGCACACCCGCAUUGAAGCCAUACAUGCACGGAUACUUUGUCUCGCUCAAGCUUUACGAGACGGCGCGUCUCAUUGUCAAUCCAUUCGCAUACGCUGAGUACCGAGAGAAAAUGGUUCACGAGAAGAUGGGAAAGAUGGCCGAGACGCGUAUCCGGACGAAGAAGGAUGUUGGCGUCAAGGUGAACAAGGUGCUAGCGGAGAAGAUAUUGAAGGAUGAGGAGCGCGCCCUGAAGAAGAAGCGCAAGACGGCAGAGAGAAAAGGAGAGAGCGUGAUGGAUGUGGAUGUGGAUGAGCUAACCAGCCAACAGAACAAACCCAGUUUGCUGAAUGACCCACGAUUCUCUCAAGUGUUUGAAGAUGCGGCGUUUGCGAUUGACGAGACAAGCCGGGAGUACGCACUGCUGAACCCAUCGUCAGUGGCGCAGGCUAGAACCGGUAAGGGUAAGACGGCUGUGGAAGAGGAGGAAGAGGAGAGCGAUAAAUUUUCGUCCGAUGGCCUCGGCAAUAACGAUGAAGACGAUAGUGGAAACGGAAGCGAAAGUGGAAGUGAUAGCAGCGAUGCCGGAGAGCUUACCAAAUUCGACCGACGAGCGCGUCCUGGACAACAAAAUGUUCGUGCAAAAGAAGCUUAUGACCGAACGCGACGACAAAAUCGAGUGGCGAAUGUCAAUAUGGUACCGAUGCGUGUGCAAAAUGGCUCGGGUAUGAAUCGGGACGCCACUUUGGGUCAACGCCGCAGAGGUCCGUCUAAGGCCGCAUCUCGAUCGAAUCCAAACGAUGGCGAGGUGGAACUCAGCUGGGUGCCUUCGAACGCUGGCCCAAAAGCCGAUGCCAAGUCUCAACAUAAGCGCAAAGGUGUCGAGACCUUCGGCGCCGGCCUUGAACGGGGUGGCGAAUCCAUGGCCGAGGUGGCAGAGCAUGAUCGUAAAGGCCGAACCCAACGUAGACAGGGCGUACGGAGUGGAAGUAAAAAUGUAUUCCGGAGAAUAUGAUCUUAUUGGAAUAUUAUGUUACAAACCUUCGAUUUAUGUGAAAGCUGAAGCUGCAGUUUUG